AUGGCGAACGAUGUGGUGGCUGCAUACUUCAAUCUAUUGAAGACAAUUGUGGGGGGUGGCAUUGUUGGAUUCCCAAUGUUCUUUGUAGUCUUUGGAAUUGUGCCUACUUUGGUAUUUUCACUUAUUUCGGCGGUUUUAACCUUCUUUGGACUCAUGAUGUUGUGCGAUUGUGCUGAAUAUACUCAGAGUAAAGAGAAGACCUUCUCUGCCUCUUUACAGAAAAUAUGUCCUCGACUAAGCGUUUGGUUUAAUGCCGUUGUUUUUGUUAAAUGCUUUGGUGUUAGUAUCUCUUAUCUGAUUACGAUUAAGCCAUUGCUGGCCUAUUUGUUUAGUGGGUUGCUGGGUCGGAAUGUGUCGCCGGAAAUAUUAGUGAUUUGCUUUGGAUUGGGGAUUAUUCCGCUUUGUAUUAUGCGGGACUUGAAGAGCUUGCGGUUUACUUCGGUAUUGGGUAUCUUUGGGGCUUUAGUCUGUAUUGUGGGUAGUGUGCUGAACUUUAUGACUGUGCGCCAAAGCAGUAAUGGCAGUACUCCGGCCACUUACUGGGCAAAGACGCCUGAAGUGAAUUGGAUACGCAGUGCUGGUCAGUUUAUCUUUACCUUUACUUGCCACCAGAACAUUUUUGGAAUUCGGGCGGAAAUCCUAACGGUUACUCGCAAUAAAAUGGCCCGGAUUAUUGCGGCGGCGCUGGGAAGCGCAAUGGCAAUUUAUCUGGUCUUUAGCACGGUUAUUUAUUUCACCUAUGGCGAUGCCAUUAAGAGCAAUGUUUUUGAAUCGUUUGUAGAUGGUGGAGUGAAGUAUGCUAUUUUUGUCUUUUAUGUAGCUUUGAUUACCUUUUCGUAUCCCUUACAGAUUUAUCCGGCUCGUGAUUGUUUGUCCGAAUGGAUAGGUACGAUUUUAGGGAAGGCCGACUCAAAAGUACUAAGUAAGAAGGGUGUGCGCGUUCUGGCAACUUUGUUUUUGGUGGUGAUUGGUUUAGGUGUAGCUAUGUUUGAUAUUGACAUUACAACUGUGCAGUCAUGUGUGGGAGGAUCGGCUUCUAUGCUCAUGUGCAAUGUAAUUCCUUGCAUUUCGCUUUACUCACUGCCACGAAGAAAGACGCCAACGGAGUUACUAGUUUGUUCACUCUUGCUUAUUUAUGGUAUGUUAUCUCUAGUAGGUGUUUACUUGAUGCUUACCAAGGCGUCCUAA